GGGUCCUGCGUGCCGUGGUGGAAGAGGCGAACUCGGGAGCGUCGGUUCUGUGCUUGUGCGAGAAGGGAGACGCCAUGAUCAUGGAGGAGACCGGCAAGAUUUUCAAGAAGGAAAAAGAAAUGAAAAAAGGUAUUGCCUUCCCAACGAGUAUAUCAGUAAAUAACUGUGUCUGUCACUUCUCCCCCUUGAAGAGUGACCAAGACUACAUCCUCAAAGAUGGAGACUUGGUCAAAAUUGACUUGGGAGUCCACGUUGAUGGCUUCAUAGCGAAUGUAGCACACAGUUUUGUCAUAGAUGCCUCAAAGGAAAACCCCGUGUCAGGCCGUAAAGCUGAUGUCAUCAAGGCAGCUCAUCUCUGCGCUGAAGCUGCUCUGCGCUUGGUAAAGCCUGGAAACCAGAAUACACAAGUGACAGACGCGUGGAACAAAAUAGCCCACUCGUUUCACUGCACGCCCAUUGAAGGGAUGCUGUCGCACCAGCUGAAGCAGCACGUGAUCGAUGGAGAGAAAACAAUCAUCCAGAACCCUACAGACCAGCAAAAGAAGGACCACGAAAAAGCAGAAUUUGAGGUUCACGAAGUUUAUGCUGUUGAUGUUCUGGUCAGCAGUGGAGAGGGAAAGGCAAAGGAUGCCGGGCAGAGAACUACAAUUUACAAAAGGGACCCCUCCAAACAGUACGGCUUGAAGAUGAAAACCUCCCGUGCCUUUUUCAGCGAGGUGGAGAGGCGCUUUGAUACUAUGCCAUUUACUCUCAGGGCAUUUGAAGAUGAGAAGAAGGCCAGGAUGGGGGUGGUGGAAUGCGCCAAACAUGAGCUGCUCCAGCCUUUCAACGUCCUCUACGAAAAGGAAGGAGAGUUUGUUGCACAGUUCAAAUUCACAGUGCUUUUAAUGCCUAAUGGCCCUAUGAGGAUAACCAGCGGCCCCUUCGAACCUGAGCUCUACAAAUCGGAGUUCGAGGUGCAAGAUGGAGAGCUGAAGGCCCUUCUACAAAGUUCUGCAAGCCGGAAGACCCAGAAAAAGAAGAAAAAGAAGGCCUCCAAGAAUGCAGAGAAUGCCACCACGGGAGAGACGGCGGAAGAGAACGAGGCCGGGGACUGAGUGGCACCCGCUCCCUCUGUGUAGCACCCGGUUCUCACACACACACACACACACACACACUCUCACCCCUUCCCUCCCUCCUCCCCCCCCCCAAAAAAAAACCCACCAGAAACAAAAUCUAGCACUGUUUGUCUCUUACAACCAAACGGCAAACAGUCUGGACGUCCCAGCGACUACAACCAGCUCCUAUUGAUUUUGCCAAUGAUGAGGGAGGAUUCUCUCUGCCACUUCAGACUACUUAAAAAAAAAAAAAAAAAGAAAGCAGAAAAAUAAAAUCAGGAGUAAAAGCUAGUCUAUAUCCACUCUUUCUAACCUUUUAUACUACUCCUACUUGUUAAAAGAGGUGAACAACUCAGCCAUUCCCAGUGAGAGAGGGAGCCGUAGAGAGCUGGCUGCUUUCUUCUUCCUCUUCUUUUUGUUUUUAAUUUCUCCCUUUACAGAUUUUCUUGGGGAAAAAGUUUAAAAAAAAAAAAAAAAAAAGCUGAUAAUGCCCUCCAAAAAAGUGACCUGUGUUGAGUGACCUGGCAACGGUGUAAGGUGAUGGGCCCGCAGCGCUACCAGCUCGUCCUGGCCGCGCGGGAUCUCUGUCCGUUCCCUCAGGGCAGAGGAUUUCUCACUCUUUUAGCCUCUAGAUUGUACGUUUAUAAUUGGGGAAAAAAAAAAAACAAAAACAGCCAAUUUGACGUCCCCGCUGAGACCGUAGACCGUCCCGUCUACUGCGCUCUGUCUCUGCCUUGGUUUACCUAUAAACGCUCUAUUUUUAAUAGAUCGCUGUGGUGAGCUUCUUUUUAAAACCCAAUGCCCAACGCCGGAGGAAGCAGUCGGUGCCCAGCGCGGCGCGGAGGGGCAGGAGGAGGGCGGCUGCUCCGUGCCGUGACACCGGCCUCGCUUCUUCCCCACGGCCGCCGUCCGUGAGCUGUGACGACGUCCGCGCUCCGUGGGUCGCGGUGGGUGCAGGCCGGGGGCACAGCGAGCCUUUUUUAAGGGGAAAAAAAACCCACCAACAAACGUUGAGUUUCAUGUCUUUGGAGGCACGAGGGCUUUUCUUUGCUGGUAUCCGGCUGUUCGCCUGCGGCCAAGCUUUGGCUGAACGCUGAAGGUCCUCCAGGCAUCGCUCCUCUGCGGGCAGCGCCCAAGUGCCGCAGCCUGAACACAACCACCACCGACAUCAGUCCCGCAACGCAGCGCUUUUCUUCCGACCGUCCCCAUCUCCGCUGUCCCCACCGCCCCCGGGGAACCCUUGGGCCUUUUUAAGCAAUAUUCUGUCCCCGCAGAGCUCGUCCUUCUCGCCCCCGCGGAAUUUAUAAAACCACUAAGACUUGCUGGAGGUUUAUUUAAUUUUCUAUUUUUACGCAAACAAUGUACCUCUUGAUACGCGAAACAGAAAAAAAAUCCACUUGUUUUAAGAUUUUGAAAAGCGAAAGCUCCCGAGAAGAACUCUGUAACCGACUCUGUUUUCCAAAUAAAGCUGACUCGUGGCA